CCCUCGUCCGCCCUUCACCACCCUCCGCACCCUCUCCGUCUUCUAUCCCGUCUUCAUGUCCGGCUCCGGCACUCCUCAGAACGACCUCCGUCUUCCGCCGCCGCUGGGAAUACUCUCGGACGCUCAAUUCGCGCCCGCAUUCCAUCCCGGGCGACAGCUACCGCCUCUGCACUCGCUCUACCCCCAGCAGCCAUCACAGCAGCAGCAGCAGCAGCUCUCCACAUCCCAGCCCCAGCAGCUGCUCCAGCAGCAACAGCAGCAGCAGCUUCAGCAGCAGCAGCAGCAACAGCAGCAACAACAACAGCAACAACAACAGCAACCGCAGCAGCAACCGCAGCUCGCGCUCCAUCCAUCGCCCGCCAUCGCUCCAACCUCAAACCCCCAGCAGCAACCCCAGCAGCCGGACCAGAUGCACGCCCGCGUGCCGUCGGCGUCCAACAUCUCUUCGCCAUCCAUCUCCUCGUCUUCGGUCUCGUCCGCGACCUCGUCGACUGCCAAACGGCGUCCCCCUCGAACGUAUGUGUCCUGUCGUUUGCCUCGCAAGCCACACCCAUCUCUCGCUCCCUUCCCGCCUCUUGCCCAUCACCCCAUCGUCCUCGCUAUCAUCAUCGCGAUCGUUCCUAUCAUAUCUGAAGUCGUCAUCGGAUUACUAACCUUGCUUGCUCUCGGCAGACGCACCUCAUCGACGGGCUCGAACGUCUCAAUAGGCUCCUCGACCUCGGUCUCGUCCGCGUCCACCCCCGACCUCGACGCCCUCGGCCGCAAGAAGCCAAAGGUCCCUCGCAACCCCACCUCCUGGGACCCGCACGACGACCUUCUUCUGCGCCAUCUCAAGGAGGAGCAGAAGCUGGGAUGGAAGGACAUCGCCGGUCACUGUAAGUUUCUAAAGUCCUUUGCUUGCUUUAUCUCGUGCUUUUUGUGCUUUUGUGGUUCCUCAUUGCUCGCGGCUUGGCUGUGCUUGUUCUUGCACCAUCCGCCUUCUCUGCCCGCCACCGCAUCCACUCGCUCUCUAUCUGCUUUUUGCUCGUGUGGUCUUGUUUUUUGCUUUUAUUUCUACUUUCUACUUUUAUUGCUUGUCUAUCGGUUCACGCUCGGCGGAGGGCUUGUCGGCUGGCAUUUUUGCGUUACUUUUGUAAAUCUUGCUCCACCGUCAGCCCUUACCCUACGCGAUUGCGAUGACGCCGUACGCCAGUAGCGAACCACAAACCGCUGUUGCUGUUUCAUUGUUUGUUGCAUCCACAUUUAUUGACUGCCUGGACUAACAAUAUAAUAUUUAUAGUCCCCGGGCGUACACCGAACGCGUGUCAGUUCAGAUGGCGACGAUUGAUGUCCGGGUCGCUGCGAGCGAGCGGUGCCGGCGGAGGAAAUAGCAGCAACAGCAACAGCUCUGCGGGCGGUGGUUCGCCUGGGCAAUGGACUCCAGCGGGAGAGAACGUGAGUUUGCCGUCCGUGGGAGCGGGGAGGAUGAUGGCGCCCGCGUGGGCAGGCAGUGAGCAUGCGGGACAGCAACAGCAGGCGCCGCUGCCGCCUCAGCCUCAGCAGCAGCAGCAGCAG